UUCGUACAAUUAAACUCCUGCUCUCGGGUGUAGAUUUCUUUCCCGUCCAGAUUAAACCCUAGCCAGCUUUCCCGUCUCAAAUUUGAACUCAUUGAUUCGAUAAUAAGCUUCGAUCCGAAGGAUCUCUGCAUCAUUUGACCUAAUUCGGCUUCGAUUAAUCUAACUUCUGCAGCAACCACAAGAGUAAAAUAUAGUCGACUCGGAAAUUUCACGGUUUGAAGAAUACGGUUUUCUGGUACAGGUGUGUCUUUCUUGCAAGGAAGUUAGUGUCAAGUGAUUCAUUCCAGAAACAAUUCCUCAAGGGACUCGGCAAAGCACUUACGGGGGAGUUUCUUCUUUGUGGACAUUGUGCUGUUGUUUCUUUCGCACUACAGGAUAUUAGUUAGCAGUAGAAAAAGAUGCAUCAGAGAAGGCCUCAUGGAACCGAUGGUUCAGAUUUUUCUUACCGAAUGGUUGUUGAUUCAAGAUACACAAAAGUUGCAGAAGGGAAAGCUAAACUUAAAAGUUUGAUCACCAUUCAGGUUGUGGCUCAAAUUUUAGGAGCAGUCUGCACAUUUCUGUUGCCACCAAAGCAGGAGAUUUUCGUUAAAAUUGCUAUCAUAUCUAUCAUUAGUGGUUUCAUUUCUCUAAUGAGUGGAGAAAUAGGUCGAAGCCGUAGCAAAGCAACUUUGUUGAGGUUUUAUACCGUCGGAUCUUCAGUUGCAACUUUGCUUUCAGUUGUGUGUAUAGCGGCAAACAAUACCUUAUCAGAGGUUAUCCAAGAUCCAAGCGGCUGGACAUCCAAAAAAUUUGAACUUAUAGAGGCUGCUCGUGUGCUAUUUAGUGUACUGCUGCAGGUCAUUGUAGUAACUACAACGCUCGCACUGGUUAAGAACAUGUCCCCUCCCAAGAGAGCUUCUUAACCUUUCCAUGAUCUAUUUUUUUGAAUCAUUUCCAAUUUUGUUAUUUACCAAAAUUAGCAGGUAUAACAUUUGUAUCACACAAACAGCUUUACUAAUGGAAGAAAAUAUUUCUUUUCUGUAAACUGUUUGCACUACUAACUUUGUUAUUGGUGGAUGUAUCUGUCUUGUAGAAGUUUCUUAAUUAUACUUAAAAUCAUCUUGAAACUUGUUGUUCCUUGGGCUACAUUUUGCUUGAAUGUUCAGUAGCUUAGAGAAGUUCACAUUUAUUUUUAUCA